UUGGGGUGCCGGGGAGGGAAGGAAGACAGAAGGGGCCCCCGGUGGUCCCUCCACAACUGAUCAGGGGCCGGGGCCGAGCUCGGGGCUGCAGUGUUGAGCUGUCACGCGAGAGCCAGGCCCGGGGGUUGCAAUCUCCCGCCGGUCCGGUCGAACCCGAGCCCGAGCCCGAGCCCUGCGCGCUCCGGGGCGGCGCGGGGCGGCGCGGGGCGGCGCGGCGGGCGCGGGUGCCCGGCAGCGGGUAUCGGGGCGCAUCUGCGCGGGGCCGAGCGCGACGCAGGCGGCCGAGGAGCGGCGCAGCGCGGCCCGGGAGUCGGGCAACUCCAUGGAUUCCUUUGAGCAACCCAGACCAGAAGAUAACCAGUCAGUAGUUAGCCGAAUGCAAAAGAAAUACUGGAAGACUAAGCAGGUCUUUAUUAAAGCAACAGGGAAAAAGGAGGAUGAACACGUGGUAGCAUCUGAUGCGGAAUUAGAUGCUAAACUUGAGGUGUUUCACUCCAUUCAAGAGACAUGCACUGAACUUCUGAAGAUUGUUGAGAAAUAUCAGCUAAGACUCAAUGUUAUAUCAGAGGAAGAAAACGAACUAGGGCAAUUUUUAAAGUUUCAAGCAGAACGGAAUGCGACCCAAGCCAGCACGAUGAUGGAUGCCACUGGCAAGGCUCUCUGUUCUUCGGCUAAACAAAGAUUGGCCCUGUGUAUUCCCCUGUCUCGUCUUAAGCAAGAGGUAGCAACAUUCAGCAAAAGGGCAGUCUCAGAUACCAUGGUGACAAUUGAGCGGAUGGAGCGGGCACGCACAGAGUACAGAGGAGCUCUGCUCUGGAUGAAAGAUGUAUCCCAGGAGCUUGAUCCGGAGACCUUAAAGCAAAUGGAAAAGUUCAGAAAAGUACAGAUCCAAGUGAGAAAUAGCAAAGCUUCUUUUGACAAGUUAAAGAUGGAUGUUUGUCAGAAAGUGGAUUUGCUUGGAGCUAGUCGCUGCAACAUGUUAUCUCACUCACUCACUACCUACCAGAGGACCCUCCUUGGAUUCUGGGAGAACACAGCCCGCAUGAUGUCCCAAAUCGACGGGGGCUGGACUGGCUUCCAUCCUUACGGUUACAUAGCUCUCCAGCAACUUCAAGACACUUCAAGCAAGGUCACUGAAGAUCACAAAGAAGAACAAGUAGAAAACAAUUUUCUUACUGAAAACCUCAAUAAGUUAGUUCUACCAGAUGAGGAAAUUAGCUUGGAAAGUGAACCAGUUGAAGAGAGCAAGGAAAAACACUUUCAAAUGAGAGUAUCUGGCGCACCUCAAUUUUCAAACAUUGAAAAUGCUGUGAAAGAUCUGCGUAUCGACUCCCUAGAAGAAGACUUUGAGAAAGAAUUCUCGUUCCUGAACUCCCUCCUAAGUCCUGGAUCUUCGAGUAACAGCGAAUGUACCCAGGAGUGCCCGACUGCGGGUGGGAGCCCCAGCGCCAGUCUCAAACCCCAGGAGCUUUCUGUGGGGGCUGAGCCCCUUGGACAUCCUCCAGGAUUCCUCCCUUCACAACUCUUCGACCUUGGCCUCCGUGCUCCUGGAGCGUUCAGCAGCUGGGCCUCCCAAGGGGGAAUACAACUUCCUCUUUCCCACAUUGAUAACCAGCCAGUGCCUUCACAGAGUCCAAAGAAGAUAACAAGAUCUCUCAACAAUGGCAACCAAGACAUGUCAGCCUGGUUCGAUCUAUUUGCAGACUUGGAUCCACUUUCAAAUCCAGAUGCUAUUGGGCACGCAGAUGAUGAACUCCUUAAUGCUUGACUCAAGUUAGAAUGUCCCUUCAAUGGCCUUGAGACAUCACUUUUGCAACAUACUUGCCUUUGUGGAAAGGAGUUUCUAUUUUAACCCAUACACAAAAGCAUCAUGUUUGUGAAUUUCACAUUUAUCAUCCAAUUUUAGACAGAUGAUAAGGACCAUAUUUGAAUAGAUUAAGUAUCUCUUUAAUAUCUUGAAUUUGUAGUUUUUGAUAUGUAGAAAAUAUUAUAAACUAUUGAGUCUAAACUGGGCAACAAGAUUUAUUUCCUAACAGCUAGGAAUAAUUCUGUUAAGGAGGAGGUGGGCUAUUUCUUUGGAAACUCUUUUAUGUGAAAGUUGCCUAGUUGAGUAAGAAA